GGCAUUUUUUUUUUUAAUAUCUCACCCCAAAGUAUCUAAAUUCUCAGGACCGGUCUUGUAUAUACGCACAUACAAAUCAUGGGUGAGUUAUAUCUCUCUGUUUUAAGCAUUGCAGCAACUAUACUUUCUGCAAUUUUACUAGCUUUCCUACUGAAGAGAGUAAACAAGGCGAAGAAGAAGGCACUACCUCAGGCAAAGGGCGCAUGGCCUAUAAUCGGACACUUACACCUUCUAGGAGGCCCAAAGCUACCUCACAAGGUUUUAGGUAACAUGGCAGACAAACAUGGCCCAAUAUUCACAAUCAAGCUUGGUGUUCACCAAGUCUUGGUGGUGAGUAAUGGGGAGAUGGCUAAAUAUUGUUUUACUACAAGCGAUAAGGCCUUUGCAAGUCGACCCAAAGCAGAGGUAUCAAGACUUAUGGCCUAUAACUAUGCCAUGUUCGGCCUUGCUCCUUAUGGAGACUAUUGGAGGAAAAUGCGCAAGAUAAUCAUGCUUGAGGUUCUUUCUCCACAACGAGUCGAGAUGCUUGGGUAUAUUCGAGUUUCAGAAAUUAGAGCAUCCAUCAAAGAUCUAUAUGAAACAUGGUCAAAUAACAAAAGCAGUAAAAAUUCAGAGAUGGUGAAGGUGGAGAUGAGUCUAUGGUUCGGGAACUUGGUGCUAAACGUUGUAGUUAGGAUUAUUUCAGGAAAUAGGUUUUCUCUUAACGAUGAAAGAGGAGUUCGUUUUCAGACGAUCGUUAGGGAAUACUUCGACUUAUUGGGGGCAUUCGUGGUGUCUGAUUUUAUACCUUAUUUAAAAUUUUUGGAUUUGGGUGGAUAUAAAAAGUCCAUGAUCAAAACAGGUGAAGAUCUGGAUAACAUCUUUGAGGAAUGGCUAAGAGAGCACAAAAUAAAGAGAGAUUCAACUACACAGCAAUCCAAAGGGAACCAAGUCUUCAUAGAUGUGCUGAUUAACAUUGUUCAAGGCGCUUCUCAAGAUGAUUUUUGCGGUUUUGACUGCGAUACAGUUAUCAAAUCAACAUGUCAACAAAUCCUAACAGCAGGCUUGGACACGACAUCAGUGACUUUAACAUGGGCUUUAUCGUUGCUACUCAACAACCCGAAAACCUUAAAAAUAGCACAAGAUGAGUUAGAUGAGCAUGUUGGAAGGGACAGACUGGUGGAGGAGUCUGACUUGAAGAACUUAAUCUACCUCAAUGCGAUCAUCAAAGAAACGUUGCGGUUAUAUCCUCCUGGACCGCUUUCUGUUCCUCAUGAGUCCCUAGAAGACUGUAUUGUUGGUGGUUUCAAUAUCCCAAAAGGCACUCGAUUAUUACUAAAUAUUUGGAAAGUGCAUCAUGAUCCAGACAUUUGGCCAGAUCCAUACGAAUUUCAGCCAGAAAGAUUCUUGACAAGUCAUAAGGAUAUUGAUGUCAAGGGAAAUCAUUAUGAAUUGCUUCCUUUUGGUAGUGGUAGAAGAAUGUGCCCUGCUGUGUCCUUUUCUCUCCAAGUUUUGGGUUUAACAUUAGCUAGCUUGAUACAGCAGUUUGUGCUCAAGGUACCGUCAAACGAUCCCAUCGAUAUGAGUGAAACCGCAGGAAUGACUAACAACAAAGCAACACCACUUGAGGUUCUUCUUGCCCCUCGUUUGUCCUCCAAUAUGUAUCCUUUCGGACCAUGACCUACAGCAAGCACUUGAGUUGCCAAAAACCGUAUCAUAUCGAUACAUCUUCAUAUAUAAUGGUUUGGAAAUGUAUAACGCAGUUGAACUUUUGAAGUAAUACGAGUAUAAUUAGUUUUAUUGUUAUGUAAUAGAAAUAAUGUGUUUCAUUUGAUUUUUUGUGUGUUAUAGUACUUUGGAUGUACCCUUAAAUAAAAUGGAAUUGUUGUUA